UGGUUGAUGGCACAUUAUUGCCAUGGAUACCGUAUUCUCUUAGUCCCCUCACUGCCAUCAUCAUGGACGCCAUGCGUUGGAGUAAAAGAAAGAAACAACUAGAAAGGGUUGAAGCUAUGAAUGAGAAAAGGCUGAAGCUUAGACCAUCUGAAGAGGAGGGGGCCCCUUCGGAACCAGCAUGUACGGCAGAGGCAGACGCUGAAACACUAGACGGGGACAGCGAUUCGGUGCAGUCUUUUAGCGAUGAUGAUGUUUGGAGUUGUCUGGAUGAAUGGGUAAGAGCUUUGGGAAUCGUAGAUCUAAAGAUGCUGUCGUUGUUGCUUUUCGAGUUUCACCGUAGGGAAACAUCGCAGACCGUCAAAAGGGCCGCAGAUGUUGUGUCGCAGAUAGUACACAAAAAUGAGGGCACCAUCAGAGAUUGGCGGAACAACUUUAGACAUGUUAAAAUAAUGUUUCAGUCGCGUCUUGUAUUAUGUAAACUAGAUCACGUGACCAAUUGUAUAUUUUUAUUAUCAUGCCUAUCUUUGAGUGUCAUUCACACUGCAUCUAGAGAAAAAUUAAAAAAUGUGCUUCUGUGGAUAUUUAACCCUGUUUGUCUAAUAGCGUUUGGUACACUUCUGAAUUCGAAUAGCGCGUGCAUGAAAAACGAUAGGGCGCGAAGUGAGACCCUUAGUGGGGCCCCUCUUGCGGUUAAACUCAGAAUUAAUAAACAAUCUCGAAAAUCCAUUUCUGCAGUUUUGUUGCACAUCAUGGUGACAAUCUUUCAUCGAGUUCUCAAUCAUCUACGGCAAUAUUCCUAUUUUUCGUAGGACAAUACG